AAUGUCAAUAUCAACCUGCAAGAACACAACACACUUCAGUUCAGAGCACAGGGUCAUGGAGCUAAGGGAGAUAAUGAAUACGAGUUCAAGUUGGAGUUCCUGGAACCUGUUAGACCCGAGAUCAAGCACAAAUCCACUGAGCGUCAGGUUGACAUCAAAAUCAAGAAGAAGGAGGAGCGCUGGUGGGACCGGCUGACGCUGCAGGAGAAAAAGCCUCUGUUUCUGGCCCCAGACUUCGACCGAUGGCUGGAUGAGUCGGACGCCGAGAUGGAGCUUCAGGCUAAGGAGGAGAAGCUAAACAAGAUAAGUGUGGAGUCAAGAGUUCGUAAUGACCCAUACCUGGGUCUGAAGAAAAGCUACUUGUUCAUGUACAACCUCGUGCAGUUCCUGGGAUACUCCUGGGUCUUUGUCAACAUGACUGUCCGCCUCUUCAUUCUUGGUCAAGACUCGUUCUAUGAUACCUUCCACACCACAGCUGAUAUCAUGUAUUUCUGUCAGAUGAUGGCCGUGCUCGAGGUCAUUAAUCCUUUGUUGGGUCUGGUUAAAACUGGAGCUUUUCCAGCUAUGAUACAGGUUGCGGGGAGGAAUGUUAUUUUGUUCGUCGUCUUUGGCAGCCUCGACGAGAUGCAGAACAAGCCUGUUGUCUUCUUCGUCUUCUACCUGUGGAGCACCAUCGAGAUCUUCAGAUACCCAUACUACAUGCUGGCCUGCAUCAGCACAGAGUGGAAGAUGCUAACGUGGCUGCGGUACACCAUCUGGAUUCCUCUUUACCCGCUGGGAGUCAUAGCUGAAGCCGUGGCUGUGAUCCAAUCCCUGCCCAUCUUUGAUGAGACCCGUCUGUUCAGCCUGCCUCUCCCCGAGAUGUUGGGAAACUCUUUAAGCUUCUCCUACACUUUGCAGCUCUACCUGGUUUUCAUGUUUCUGGGACUCUUCAUCAACUUGCGGCACCUGUACAAGCAGAGAAGAAGACGAUACCGCACAAGGAAAAGGAAAGUGCACUAACUGAUCGACACCCUUGCCUUGCGCACACUUCAAAGCAGCUGGUUUUCUUUGUGUUUUUGUUUUGUUUUUGUUUGUUUGUUUGUUUGUUUGUUUUUUUUAUCCUUUUAUUUCCUGUUCUCAUUUUCAUCCGCACACACUAAGGUGAUGUUGGAGCACUGGUCACAUUUUUUUCUCCACUGUGUCAACUCUGUCCUGUACUGUAAACGCUUCUGUAGCAGACGGAUGGAUCACGGAUGCUGAACAAACGUCUCCUGAUGGCACCAUAUGUGCUGAUCUUACUGCUGAGAGAUUGACUUGUUUGUUGUCUGUAUUUAUUGAGUUUUCCACGCUAGAGGUGUCUUUAUAAAGUAAUGUUUUUGUUUGUUGAUAUUUUGGGACAUAAAUAAAAAAGUUUGUUUUUUUUAUCACAAGAAUGGAAAUGAAUAAUGAGAAUCUUUAUAAUUGUGAUUUAUGAAUAGCGAUUUAGUUCAUAAUUAGAAAAGAUAUUGUUAAUGCAUAAUUAGGAACCAAUUUAGGACCUCUUUUGUCUUUCGUGUAUUUCACGUUAUUUAUAAAACUUUAAUAAUAAUAAUGUUACACUCAAAGUUGAUCUUUAAAUCAUGUUUACUGGAGCUUUAUGGUAUUUUAAGCCACAUAUUAAAAGUCACACACCCUUUACCAUCAUAUUUCUCCUUACAUGUAAAUGUAUUUGAAAACUGAUGCAGUUUGGAUGCCGUUCUCUGCUCUGAUCCAAGAUACAACUUCUCUAUUAUGUCCAUUCCAAAGUCUUCAAGGUUUUUGAAAGUUGUUUUCUGCUUCAGUUGUCGCAAGUACAUGAAUGAGUGAGAGUCUAAACAUGGCGUGUCAUGUCCGCUUGAACACAAACCACGGUGUGGACAUGGCAAUACUGUAUCCAAAAAAGAGAGGUUUUGUGAUUAGCAGUGUUUACCAUGUUAAUAUGAACUCUCCACAAAAAGGUCAGCUGUGAGGUAAAUGUUCCAGAAGUUAAGGUUAAGCUAUAACACCACUUGAACUUUUAAAGCUGUUGUGUCAGAUGCCUUUACAAUAAAACGCUGUGGCUGCAAACUAUGAACAGUUUUAGAGUUACUUUAUUUUCUCCUCAUUGGUUCCACGGUGCAUUUGCAGCACUGAGCUUUGGAUGGAGCUGUCAGUCACUCAGUGCUUUGAAUAUUAACAAAGUCAUGCAAAUGUUCUUAGCAGUUUGUUUGUUUUGGGAGUGAUUCACAAUCCUUCAUACCAAUCCUUGCGUUAGCUUCAACAGCAAUGUGUGACAGUAUGCAUUUAGCUCAUGAUUUUCAAAGUUUGUUGGGGGUAUUUUGGGGACAGGGGGAUCUUCUCUCUGCAUCUUCUCUUUUAGUCGCCCCAGAUCCACUUGAUUUCACUAACAGAUCCUGCUCAGUGCAUAUAAAACAUGUAUGAAAUAUAUAAAUGAUAUGAGAAGGAGCUGUGCAUGCCUUAUUUUUUUGUCCCAGUGUUUCAUCAUUUCCUUAAUUGUUCACUAUUUCCCAGCCACUCUUUCUUUUGCAUUUAUUUGUUUGCUAACAUUUUUGCCAUUUCAUUUGUGUUUUCAUGUUCAAUUUUUUUUAUGUUUCUCUGUUUGUGAGUGGAUGUCGUUUGUAAGAUACGUAUUGGGCAUUCAACUUGAUAUGGAGUGCUUUGCAUGUCUAUGUUUUUUUUUUUUUUCUUUCUGUGUUUUCAGAUGUUCUCAUGCCGGCAAAUUCAGGCCGGUGCUGGACCUUUUUAUAAGUUUUGUUUCUUCACAGUGUUUUGGGAGGGGAAAGAUGAAAUAAACAUUCUUAUUUUGAA